CGAUGGAACAGAAUGCUUUGGGCCUGGAAGAAUAUUAUUCUCAAGUGAUGGGCAUAUGUGAAGAACUCAAAGUGUAUCAACCCGUCACUUCUGAUGUUCCAAGUAUGCUAAAACAACGAGAAGAUUUUAAUAUUGUUCGCUUUCGUGUUGGCUUAAAACCGGAAUAUGAGUCAGUGCGUUCUCAGAUUUUUGCAAGUCCACAGCUUCCGUCAUUUCCUGAUGUAUUCUCUCGACUUCAACGAGCUACAUUAUCUUCUGAUCAGAGUAACGAGAGAUCUGCUUUAACUGCUUCCUAUGUUGCUCCUGCUGGACGUGGAGGUCAGAGUGGAAGAGGUGCACGUGGGGGUGCACGUGGGGGAAGAGAUAAUCGCACUCGAGGUCGUGAAUUUCGUAAGUGCACCCAUUGUGGUCGCACUAACCACUCAGUAGAUUAUUGUUGGGAUCUAUAUGGUAGACCAUCUGGGUCUGCUAAUCGGAAUCUACAUGGUAGACCAUCUGGGUCUGCUAAUCAGGCCACUGUUCAAGAUGAUCCACAGUCAACGAGCUCCAACAGAUCUUCAGAUAUGAUCAGUAUAUCAAAGGAUGAGUAUGAGCGGUUUUUGGGUUACACAGGGGCUUCAUCUUCCACAGCUACUCUUACCCACUCAGGUAUAGCAUCUGCAUGUCUUGUCUCACCUACUCAAGGUCCAUGGAUCAUUGAUUCAGGAGCUAACGAACAUUUGACUGGAUCUCAAGACGGGGAACAAGAUUGGUACGGGGCAUGAAGCUGGUGGUCUGUAUUAUCUUGAUGUUCAACAGUCACCCACUCGAGUUCUUACAACCCCCUCAUCAUCUGCUUUUGAAUGGCACUGUCGCCUGGGUCAUCCCUCACUUUCUCUUUUGAAGUGUCAAAUUAAGAACUUGGGGAGUGUGUCUCCCUUUUCUUGUGAAGCGUGUCAACUUAGUAAACACCAUCGUGUGUCUUUUGUUCCUCGUAUUGAUAAACGUGCAUCGAGUCCUUUUGAAUUGGUUCACUCUGAUAUAUGGGGACCAAUCAACAUUGAAUCAAACAAGUUUCAAUAUUUUGUUACAUUUGUUGAUGACUA